AUGAAGGCAUCCAAUCCACGAAAAGAACCUCCAUUACUAAUCCAAGGGACGGGUUUUCGAGACCAGAAAGCUCAAACGGCGAAACGACCAACAACAACAUCUAUGAGAAGAUGCGGGAGUAUUGGGAAUCUACCUAAAGCUACAAUUCCACCUCAGCCAAACUCAAAAGCUCAAGGUGACUGCCUAUGUGCUUCAUCCAAACAAACAACCGUUAUAUCACAAGACCUUCUACGGGAACAGUAUACAAGAAGUUUGGAGCAACAAAUUCAAUUAUUAGAAAUUGAAAAUAAUUAUUUAAAAAGUGAUGGAAAUAGGAAUAGCUCACAAGGUCAACAGAAAGUGGUGAACAUCAUGAGUCGUGGAAAUGAAUUAUCUAUGAAUGGUAAAGAUUGGUGCAGAUUACCUUCUUUCCACCCUCCUCUUGAUAAAGUACUUGGAGAUAGGAUUAACCAAGCUGUGAAUACUGGUGGAUCAUUCAAACUCAAUAAGGAACAAUCUUUUGAUACCUCAUAUUCUAAUUUACCGAUACGCGAUUUGAAUCAAAGCCGACUUUUAACUUCCGAAAGGAAUGUUAUUAGCCAUUCACCUGAUGGACAUGUUUCAUUCAGAACUGUAAAACCUAUUAGUCCGGAUAUUCAAUUAUUGAAUGAAUUAGAGGAUAAAACUAGAGAAGUAGAAGAUUUGAAAGAUCAAGUCGUUGGGCAUAGAGAAGCAUUGAGGAAGAGAGAGGAGCGAAUAAAUCAACUGGCAGUCCGGCUUCGCGAAGCCGAAUCUGAUUUGAGCAGUAGAUCUGAAGCCGAUACGAGAGACAAGAGAGCCCUAAUGGAAGAAGCAUUAGAGCUGCAGAGACGUUUGGAUGACUUGACUCCUGUUUUGGCAGAAAAAGAAACUAGAAUAUCCAAGCUUGAAGAUGAAAAAGAGGCUCUGGUUCUGAAAACGAGGACAAUAACAGCGGAAGUAUCAGACUUGAAGCUGAAAUUGACAGAAAGAAAAAGAGAAGAAGAAUUAUUGAAAGAUAGGGAGAGUACGUCUAAAUCGGAACAAAAACGACUAAAAGAGAAAAUCGAGGAAUACUUAAUCGAAAUUGAAGAAAGAAAAAGACGUGAAGACGACUUAUUGGAUGAGUUGAGUGAUUUCAAACGUAAAACAAAAGAGGUCCAUAUGCAUCAUCAGAACGAUAGGCACCACAUAGAUCAAUUAACAAAUGAAAAUACAAAACUGAUAAGUGAGAACUCUCGGCUUACAACCGAACUGGCUAAAUGCGAAUACAACAUCGAGAAAAUGAGACAAGAAACUCAUAAGACGUCUCAAAGAACAUUCAAUGAAGAAGAGUUAGUGGAACUUCGAUUAACUGUUAAAGCUCAUUUGACUCAAAUAAAUAUCUUAGAGGAACGCUUGAAAGCAGCGCAGGCUAGAAACGAUAUUUUGGAAAAGGAGAUAGACUCAAGGUCUUCUUCAGAUGUUGACGUAAGAAAUGAACGCUCAAGAAUACAGAAAGAGUUAGAAGCAUUACAAGCUUUGUCCAGAUCACUAUCAACAGAGAACAAAACAUUGAGAGAAGAAAAAAUGACACUCACGGAAAAAGUGGAAACCUUGAAGAGCAAGAUUACAAGCAGAGAAUUACAAAUCAGGAGCUUGGAAGAUGAUCUAACUGAGAAAGAUAAGCAACACGAAGAAAAUCUUCAAAAGUUAGAAAAAGAAUCGCUUACUCAAGGUCAAAGAGCCAUGGAGCUGGAGGAUCUUUCACGACGAGUGCGCGAACUAUCAGAAUCAUUUACUUCGGAAACCAGAAAACCCCGUCCACGUACAUCAAUCCAUACGAUUUCAGAAGAGAAAGAAACUUAUAAGUGCUCUAUGACUUCAUGA